AAAGUUGAAAAAUUAAUAAUGGAAUUUCAAUAAUAGAAAGUUUGAAAAUUUUAAACAGCUUUUAGUUUUCUUCUUAUUACACAACCAUGCUAAGAGUCAACAUCAGAGGCCUAGCUACGUCGGCUAGACUCCUUAGAGGUCAGAAUCUUACUGAAAAGAUCGUCCAAAGAUAUGCUGUGAACCUACCUGCCGGAAAACAGGUCUUUAGUGGAGAUUAUGUCUCUAUCAAGCCAGCCCAUUGUAUGUCCCACGACAACUCGUGGCCAGUAGCUACUAAGUUCAUGGGUUUGGGAGCUACCAAGGUCAAAGAUAAUCGCCAGAUAGUGUGUACCUUAGAUCACGAUGUCCAGAACAAGCUGGAAAAGAACUUGGAAAAGUACAGAAAUAUCGAGCAGUUUGCUAAAGAACAGGGAAUCGACUUCUACCCAGCUGGAAGAGGUAUUGGUCAUCAAAUUAUGAUUGAGGAAGGUUAUGCCUUUCCACUUAACUUGACUGUGGCUUCAGAUUCGCACUCCAACACUUACGGAGGUGUAGGCUCUUUGGGUACUCCGAUCGUUAGAACCGAUGCCGCUUCGAUCUGGGCUACGGGUCAGACGUGGUGGCAGAUUCCACCUGUAGCCAAGGUGGAAUUGCAGGGUAAGCUUCCCGCCGGAGUCACCGGUAAGGAUAUCAUCGUAGCACUCUGCGGAGCGUUUAAUAAAGAUGAAGUGUUGAACCAUGCCAUCGAAUUUGUUGGAGAUGGGAUCGAGCACUUGUCUAUAGACUACAGAUUGACAAUCGCCAAUAUGACCACUGAAUGGGGAGCCCUUUCUGGUUUAUUCCCUGUUGAUGCCCGUUUAUUGGACUGGUACCGUAGUGAGAGAUUGGCCAAGUUGGGCUCAGGCCAUCCCAGAGUGAACGAUAAGACUGUUUCGGCGUUGGAAAAGAAUCCAGUACAGAGUGACAGCGACGCUGUCUACGCCAAGCACUUGGUCGUGGACUUGAGCUCAUUGACACCAUACAUUUCUGGCCCCAACUCCGUUAAGAUCCUGAACUCAUUGGCUGACUUGGUGGAGCAGGAUAUCCCCAUCAACAAGGCGUACUUGGUCAGUUGCACUAAUUCGAGAUUGAGCGAUAUCCAAGCUGCUGCUGAUGUCAUCCGUGGCCACAAGGUUGCCCCUGGUGUAGAGUUCUAUGUAGCUGCAGCUUCUUCUAACGUCCAGAAGGAUGCGGAGGCUGCUGGUGCCUGGAAAACCAUCUUGGAAGCUGGUGCAAAGCCUUUGCCAGCUGGCUGCGGUCCCUGCAUUGGACUUGGUACUGGUUUGUUGAAGGACGGAGAAGUCGGUAUAUCUGCUACCAAUCGUAACUUCAAGGGUAGAAUGGGCUCCAAGGAUGCCUUGGCUUACUUGGCUUCUCCUGAAGUUGUUGCAGCCUCUGCUGUCUUGGGUAGAAUUGGUGGUCCGCAGGAAUUGGAGGGAAAAUCUGUUCUCUCUACCAGAGAGAUCAUAAAGACUAUUGAAGAAACUAAAGUUUCUGAAGAUGCUGCUACUGGUGGUGCUGUUGAAGUCUUGGAAGGAUUCCCUAAGGUUAUCGAAGGCGAGUUAAUUCUCUGUGAUGCUGACAACAUCAACACAGAUGGUAUCUACCCCGGUAAGUACACCUACCAGGAUGAUAUACCUCGUGAAAAGAUGGCUGAGGUCUGUAUGGAAAACUACGAUGCUGAAUUUAACGGCAAGACCAAGGCUGGCGAUAUCAUCAUAAGUGGCUACAACUUCGGUACUGGAUCGUCUCGUGAACAGGCUGCCACUGCAAUUUUGGCCAGAGGAAUGAAGUUGGUUGUUGCUGGUUCCUUCGGUAACAUCUUCCUGAGAAAUUCCAUCAACAACGCUUUGUUGACGUUGGAAAUCCCCGACUUGAUCAACAACUUGAGAGCUAAGUACGCCGGUUCAGACGAGUUGACUGUCCGCACAGGCUGGAUCCUCAAGUGGGAUGUCACUACUGCUACUGUCGAAGUCAAAGACAGCGAAGGCAACGUGGUGUUGAAGCAGAAGGUCGGUGAAUUGGGUACCAAUCUUCAGGACAUCAUUGUCAAGGGAGGUCUUGAAGGUUGGGUCAGAAGUGAGUUGAAGGCAGGUGCUUGAGCCAGAAGAAAGAGAACUACACUCUACAUUAGCAUAGGAUGCUGCGGACUGUACGGUUCGUCAGUGUUACUCCCAUAGUAUUCGUAUAAAAAAGAAUAGCUAUCUUCACUAAAGAAGAAAAUUAUAGUCAAUACAUUUAAAGAAUUUCAUCAG